CGCUCUGAGCGAGCAACACUCAUUCGUGUGCCGACCGCUCGCAGCAAAAGAUAUAGAAAUCGAGAACGCAAACGCAGAAAACACGCUGGAUUAAAGUGUUUCGUUUCGAGCAUCGACAGAGUGAAAUAACUAAGUGAAGUGAGCGCACAAAGCCAACUUGCCAACUCGCAGAGAAACCAAAAUCAAAUCAAACCGAGUUGAAUUGAAAAGCAAGUCAAGAGCAAUCUUUAACUGAACCUCGCAAAGUAAUCCGGUACGACCGUGUAACAACCGCCAAGAUUCUACUCAAGGAGCGUAAAGCAAUCAUCUCCAGAAUGAAGUCCCUGACGGCCGUCUGCCAGACAGGUGCCUCCGGAAUGCCGGCCUUGAACGCCAGCGGGCGCAUCCAGCGCCACCCCACGCACCGCGGCGAUGGGGAGAACGCCGAGAUGAAGAUGUAUCUGUCCAAGCUGAAGGACCUCGUGCCGUUCAUGCCCAAGAACAGAAAGCUCACCAAGCUGGAGAUCAUCCAGCACGUCAUCGACUACAUCUGCGACCUGCAGACCGAGCUGGAAACGCACCCCGAGAUGGGCAACUUCGAUGCGGCAGCCGCUCUGACGGCGGUGAACGGACUCCACGAGGACGAGGACAGCGACAUGGAGGAUGCGGAUGCCGAGGCGGAAGCGGAAACGGAAAUCGAUCCAGAUGUCCUCGCCCAGCGCCUGAACGCCGAGCAGCCGGCGAAAGUCUCUAGUCCCGCCGCCCGUCUCCCGCUCACCGAUCGCCAAACGCCCAACACUCUUGUGGCGCCCGCCCAUCCGCAACAGCAGCAGCAGCAACAGCAACUGCAACUGCAGCAGCAGCAACUGCAAUCACAGCAGCAACUGUCCAACAGUUUAGCAACGCCACUGAAUGCGGAGAAAGACAGCAGACAGUCGUAAGCGUGGAAACGCCCAGCGGGGAAAACCCACGGAACCUAUAAACUUAUUAACUAAAUGCAUAAUGAAAGUACAGUCAAAACUCCACUCGCAACCUUCGUGUGAAGAUCUCCGCAUAAGAUAUCGUGUGAAACUCUCAAGAAAACCACAGCCCAGGCGCAUCUCUACAACGCUCCUUUUCCCGGGGAAAGGAAAACCCGGGGAAACGAGACCUCGCUUUUGGCUCGACAGAGUUUAGUUUAAACAUUUAAUAACAAGAACACAACAACACAAAACCUAGCAUUAGAGCAGCGUAAGCAAGUAAACAUUAUGAUUAUUAAUUAAACAUUACAACUAGGAUGGCGCUUAAGAAUGAACGGAAGAAAAACUUGGCAAAGCUUUAAACAAUUUAAUUUUUCCUUUAACGCUUGAAAUUACACUGAAG